CAACCACGCUAUGAGAGGCACUCUGGGACACCUUGGCGAUGAAGGAAAGGCCAUCCAACAAGCAGCAGCCCAACCUAAGACUGGAAAUGUUAACGAUUUGAAUCAGCAAGUGUGGACUCUUCAGGGUCAGACCCUUGUAUCACUUCCAAGGAGUAGCAGUGUGACUCCAGUCAUUGUCACUGCUGUCACAUGCAAGUAUGCAGAGGCUCUCGAGCAAGGCAAAGGGGAUCCCAUUUAUUUGGGAAUCCAGAAUCCAGAAAUGUGUCUGUAUUGUGAGAAGGUGGGAGAACAGCCCACAUUGCUGCUAAAAGAGCAGAAGAUCAUGGAUCUGUAUGACCAACCCGAGCCCAUGAAACACUUCCUUUUCUAUCGUCUCAAGACUGGUAGGACCUCCACCCUUGAGUCUGUGGCCUUCCCGGGCUGGUUCAUUGCCUCCUCCAGCAGAGACCAGCCCAUUUUCCUGACUUCAGAACUUGGGAAGUCGCACAACACUGCCUUUGAAUUAGAUAUAAAUGACUGAACUUAGCCUAGAGGUGGCAGGUUUGUCUUUGUUUUAAAGUUUCUGGUUCCCAAUGCGUUUUCUUCUACAUUUUGUUGGUGUCAUUUUUACACUGGUGCUAAGAUGAGGGCAAGGCUGCUGUUAUCUCAUUUUAUAAUGAAGAAGAAGCAAUUACUUCAUAGCAACUGAAGAACAGGAUGUGGGCUCAGAAGGAGGAAAGCUGGGUGGUAUAAGGCUCGUCUCUCAAGCUGAUGCUGCGUAGCUCACAAGGCAUCUGCAUUAGUGACUUCGAGACUCAAAAGACCAACCACUGGGCUUUCUCCUGGGGGUGAGUAUGAAGAUGCUUCAGAGCUCAUGUGUCUUACUCAUGAUGGCAUGACUAGCAUGGAGCUGAUCUCUGUUUCUGUUUUGCUUUAUUUCUUUUUGGGAUAGAUCAUCCAUAGUCUUUAUAUGUUGCCAGUAUACCUCAUUGUGCAUAAUAGAACCUUCUCAGCAGUAAGACCUUGUAAAGAAAAAGAAUUCUUGUGUUAAGCUUUUGUCCUAAUUGUAAUCUGUGAUCUUAAAGUUAAAAAAACUUUGUAUAUUUAUAUAACAAUAAAGCUAAAACUGAUAUAAACAAAGAGUAAACUGAAAUUAGCAAGAGUAGUUGAAUAAAGCCAUCACGUGGUUAAGCCUGGGACUGGGGCUUAGCUGGGGACAAAAGGGCCUUCCUUGGUGGUUAGCGAUGGGGUUGGGGUGAGAAAUUCAGUAUGUAACAGGGCUCCGCUGUUUGGCUUUUUUCUUUAUGGCUGAAUAGCCUUGCUUUUUCCUGGCUUCCUCUAGGCUUUUCCUUUUAGACCAUCUCACCAUCCACAUACUUUCUUUAAAAACUUCAGUAAAGGAGUCCUUUUUUUUUGUAAGAGAAAACCUUGCUUUCCCAACAGCCUCCUUUAGACAAUAUCUCUGAAAAAUUUAAAUAGCUGACUGAUACAGUUUGGAUGUUUGUCCUCAUCCAAAUCUCAUGCUGAAAUGUAAUCCCCAAUGUUGAAGGUGGAGCCUGGUGGGAGGUGUUUGGGUCACAGGAGUGGAUCACUUAUGGCUUGAUGCUGUCCUCACCAUAGUGAGUGGGUUCCCACAAGAUCCAGUUGUUUAAAAGUGUGUGGCACAUCUACCCUCACUCUCUGCUGCUCCUGGUUUUGCCAUGUGAUGUGUCUGCUCUCCUUCACCCUCUGCCAUGAUUGAAAGCUUCCUGAGGUCUCUCUAGAAGCCAAACAGAUACCAACACCAUGUUUCCUGUAAGGCCUGCAGACCUGUGAGCUAAUUAAACCUCUGUUCUUUAUAAAUUA